AUGCUAGUCGCAAAUAUCUUUAGUCAUAAUAGCAAUCAUACAGGUCAGUUGCUGAGCUCCUGGCAUCCCGUAGGCCUCAGCAGCGCGGCAUUAUUCCACCAUGUUCUUGCAAACUCUCUCAACUUUCUCGUCCAGAACCGCAACGGCCGUUUUCCCUCGCGGAAUGAUCAUGCAGAUCUCACUCGCCGUCAAAGAGCAUUUCGUUGUACGAUCGAGAUGAUGAAGGAUUCAUUGGAACAUAAGAGCGAUGGAAUGAUCCGAGCUGUUGUCUCUACGUCGAGUCGUCUUGUACGAAAUGAAUAA